GGGUUACUCUGACAGUGAAUUAAUCUACAGCAGCUGAUCCUUUCACUCUGCAAGGACUGGAGUUGAGUCAGGAGAAAUAGGCACCCUGGUAAGCAAGCACCAAACACUGGCAGUUAACUUGACUUCCCCCAUCUUGGUUGCAGUCUUGAUCUCCCCCAAUCCCCGCUUCAAUUUUACCACCCUAAUCUUUAUAGGAAAAAUACUCAGUAUAUGUAUAUUUUGCUAUAAACUAUCAGUAUUUUAACCUACUGGGGAAAACAUCUCAAUGUUUUCAUCUCAUGAGAGACAUGGGGCCUGACUAAGUUUAAUAGCUUGAUUAGAAGCAUGUUUCUUGUUAGGGUAGAGAGAACUGUGACCUCAUCAGCCCUCCAAAGAAACAGGGGAGAAGGAAAGGGAAGAAAGGGGGCAUAAACAUGCAUGUUCAGAUAAGGGGACCCUUUCACAAGUCUCAGCUUUCCAAAGCACAAUACACAGAGGCGAAAAGAAAAAUGUAAUAGUGCUAAUUCCAUUUAUUUUAUAUUUAUGGAUAUUCUGCCUGCAUAUAUAUUUGUAUGCCACAUGCAGGCAGCACCUGUAGUAGCCAGAAGAAAACACUGGAUUCCCUAAGACUAGAGUUUCAGAUGGUUGUGAGCCACCAUGUGGGUUCUGAGUAUAAAACCUGGGUUUUCUGGAAGAGCAGCCAGUGCUCUAAACUACUGAGCCAUCUCUCCAGCCCCAAUAUUAAGUGCCUGUUUAAAACAUACUAACAUUGAUAGCAUCCUAGAUGAUCCCAUAUGUAUAGAGCAUUAAUGACAUAGAAAAACACUAUUUUACAAUAUAGCAUUCUGCUCAUCAUUUCCCUUUUGUCUGUAAUUCAGAAUUUUAUGUAUUUGAACUUACAGACAAUGGCUUAUUUCUUCAAAAGGCUGAACACAUUACAAGUAGUAAAAUAAAGCACUGCCCCCUUCAAAGUCAUCCCUUACUUAUUUGAAGGUUGGUUUCUGUACCCCAACAAUUAGACUCUGAUGCUUAUUCGCUAUUCACUCUGGUCAAAACACCUUAUGUGUAAGGGAUGGGGGUAUAGUCAAUGUUAUACAUACUUAGCAUGCCUAAGGUUCUUGGUACAAAUUAUCUAUAUAGCUAUCUAUGUAGAUAUAUAUUUAUGUAUGUAUGGGUAUAUUUUUAUGGGUAUGUAAAUAUGCAUAUAUAUGCAUGUCUGAUUUUAAUGGAAAGUAGUAGAGACAUUUUAAAUGACAGAAGAAAAUAAAAAUAUGUAGUCUAAAUUUUUAAGACACACAUUUAGUAGGUGGUAUUUUAGAACAUAUUGUUACAUUAGUUUUCUUACAAACUCUGGUGCCUGGACUCUAUAGAUCAGAAGUUCUUAUGGCAUAUGAUCUCUAUGUAAAUUAAGUUGGAUACAAAUCAAAGGGUAUCAAGUAUGAAAUGAGAAGUAUGGAAAGGCAGAGUUGAAAAGAGCUUGUUUUUACUUAGGACAAAUAUUCCCAAAUGUGUCCUGAAGUGCCAAAUCAAUUCACAGGUAUAUAGCAAUUCAAAUGAAGUAGAGUAACUCAGCCUCUUUCAAACAUUCCAUAAACCAUCAGCUUGUGAUAGUUCUGUGUGUUUCAACAUUAGCACAUACUAUAUCUGUCUUAAAGAUUGCAUAUCUUCUCUACCAUGCUGAAUCUUCUAUAGUUGCUCUGAUGCAAAACCAGGGCCCUGUAGAAUUUCCUGAGAAUCAGAAAAGAGGCUAGCAGUACGUUGACUGACCCGGGAAAUUAAGAAACUAUGUAGUCCAAGAGGACAUACAUCUUAUAAGAAAUUAUUAUUGAAGGUGAAAUAAAAAUAUGCUCGCCUUUUAUGGUUCCAGUGAAGGUUAUACAAAUACAACAAAAUGUAUAAAGGCAGUAUUAGUAUUACAAGACAUAGUUAUCUGUUAGAUUCCCUCACUGUGGAUGGCAGUGGUGACAACACUCUUGAACAAGGACCAUUUAUAUAUCUAGCUGAAUACAAUAUGACUUGCUGAGGAUGGGAUUCUACACUGAAAGGUUUUUGAUAGGUUUGAGGCAUAAGGGAUGAGGACAAGCUCCAGCAUCAAGGUUAGGAGAAAGGAAAGGGAUAAUGGCACAGACCAAGAAUUCUUUGUAUCCUGUGGACACUGGCUUAACAGCUACAGUGUACAAUAAAAUGUGUGUUGGGCCAGUGGUUGAAUGAAUAGGCAAAUGCAAAGACAGUCUUUUUCAAAUCAAUUUGAAAACUUUACUUUUAUCCCUUGGUUUUGGAGGUCUUGGUUAUUGCUGUUGUUUUGGUUUUGGUUUGGUUUUUGAGAAGGGUAUCACUCUGUAGCCCAGGCUGGCCUUGAAAUCACUGUAUAGUCCAGACUCUCCUUAAAGUCAAGAUUAUCCUCUUGCCUCAGGUUCCCAGGUCCUGGGAAUGACAGGUACAAGCCACCAUGCCUGGUUAGUUCUGUCUCUUGAUGGUCAGCACAUGACCCUUAUUGACUACCAUGGAGCAAUACAAUUCACUAUAAUCCCGUAUACAGCGAUGCUUGUUAACACCAUGGACAACUUGUUUCAUCUAAUAGUCUAUGUUUGGUGGUCUUAAAGAAGUAUCUAACAGCAUCAGAAAGAUAUGCUUGUCAGGUCAAUGUGUCCUUGCCAGCUUCCUUGAGAAAAUAAAAUAAAUUAAACCCAACGCACAGGUAUUUCUUUCGAGUGAUAGUGUCAGGAACAUCCAGUGUUUUUUGUGGAAGCAUCUCAACAUGUGUUAAAUUAGUCUUUCUUAUGUUACCUUGGAAAAGAUGAUUUCUAAGCAUUCAUAUGUAUGCUCACAGUGACAGAGGUGGUACAUCCUCAUCUGUAGGUUGCCAUAGUGAUGUUUUCAAUCCAAACUAUGGUGUGAUUUUUAAACUAACUUCCUUCUAAAAAUAACAGGCCAAUUAUUGAAUCCUUAAGAUGUACAAGCAUGGAAAGCUCUAGAAAAAAAAUGUAAAACUGGCUUCCUUGUACUUACAAAGAAUGCUCCAAUGAUGAGGUAACAUGCAAGUAGCUUCUCCCAAAACAGUUUGAUAAAAUGAUAACUGUUAUCAUCGAUGAUUUAUAGUGUGUGUUACAAAUUAUCACCUCUAUCAGCAAAUUCUCUUAAAUCACAAAUAUGGCAUUUUUUAAAUGCUAUGCUUUGAAGGUGGGUACCUGAUGGGAACUAGCGUUAUAUUUGGAGGUGACCAUUUCAAAUAGGACCAAGGAGCUCAUUCUUUUUUGUUUGCUUGCUUGCUUGCUUACAUACACUGUAACAGUAUAUCAUAUUUCUUCCAUAAAGAAUAAUCCUCAAAAACCCAACUAUUUAUAUAGAGCACUCCUCAGUGGGGGGGGGGAGGUCCUCAGCUGUGCUUGAGGUGGCCACAAAACUCCUAGUUAACUCAGAAUAUCUCUUCUACUUUCCUCUUGGCUAUGGUUGUCUCUUUGUUUCCAGAAGUUAUUUUCCCUGAGCUCAUUUGUAAUCCAUCUCCAUAAACAGGUUUACAUGGUCAAGGAUGGGACCAUCAUAUCUUCCCAAGACUGGGCCUCCUUUGGCCUGGUGUCCUACCAUCUCUAUCUCUUACCCUUUGGACGUUCAUUUUCAUUUAUGAUCGUUGAGACUUUUGGAAGGUGCACAUCUACAGUCAACUUGAUUUUGUCCUUGUGCACUGAGACCAGGAUUGGGGAGCAGGAUAUGUUAGAAGGCAAUAGUAUUUCAAUCUUAGUCCUUAUAUUUGUUAGCUGUGAUCUCCUGCCACACAAUGUAAAGGCAAGCCCACAGAAAGGUGGGUGGGCUUUUUUUCCUUGUACUAAAGUGCCAUUUUUAAAGCUAUGCCAUGGAAGGAUGUAAAUACAUGUGAAACUAUUCAGAAGCAAGCCACUAAAUCAACAGUUAGGCUUUUUUUUUUCGUUUUAAAAUUGUUAUCCAAAGCAUAAUUUAGAAGAAUAUUAGCUUGGAAUAAUCUGUUCUUUUCCUUUGCACUUUAUUAAACAAAGCAAGAGAAAUAUGUUUUGGCCCCCACAGAAUUUACAGAGUGACAAUUAGGCACCUCAUCUAUAAGUUUCUGAUCCAGAAGCUAGGAUCAAAGUCAUUAGAAUUCAUAUUAAGUUAGCAUGAGGUUACUUGGAAAAGGGCAGAAGGCUUGAUUGUAUCUAUAAAAACCAAUAAAUCUUUGUAUCUAAAAAUGUAAAACACUUUGAUCAGAACAUCAUUAUAGGAAGCGGAAAUGUUUAAAGUUACCUUUCAAGUGGCAUUUUAAGGAUGUGGAGACAGUUUCCAUACUCGGUGUGCUCGUGACUUGGCAAAGUCACUGGUUGUCACGUCUUUUGAUGUCCUGUUGUCGAUGGCAUUGAGUCUCAUCCUUGCUGAGUACAGUUAUGAAAUCACCUUAAUAUAAUGUAAAUGCCAAUGGUAAAAGCCAGAUCUGCAAAGGAUGUGUUAAUUCUGUAUUCCUCACAUUUGUUGAACACCAUUCUUUCUCUAGAGAUAGAAAAGUCUCUGAUGCCUCUCUGUUCCUCAAGGGAUGCUUGCAAAACUGGAGUCUGUUCUCCUUAUCUGCUCACCCACUACUAAAGACAACUGUGAAUUAAACAAAUCUGAAAGAAAUUGUGUUUGGACAGAAUAAUAGUGCUUUCCUGCCAGUCACUGUUUCUUACUUAAUGCAGUAUAUCAAUUAUUAACAUGGAAUUUGUACACCAUAUCCAUAAUAUAAGCAGUCUAGAGAUGGCUUAAGACAUAUGUGCAGAUUGCAGAGGCCUUAUGCAAAUGUUAUGAGAUUUUACAUAAGGACUCGAACAAUAGAUUAUGAUAUUACAGAGAUCCUGAAACCUUCCCUCCACCUCUCCCUACCUUCCAACACAGGACACAGAAGGACAAUUGGAACCCCUUGCAACUUGGUUUCAUUCUGAAUUGUCUUUUCUCCAAGAAGAGAUGUAAUUUUUGUGUAUAAUUUAUCAUUCAUUUACAUUCUAAGCAGGCUGCCCACUGACAAGUCUUUCAAGAUUCCUUUAGAUUAGAGGUUUUAUUGUUUUGUUUUGUUUUUGUUUGUUUGUUACCUGAAAGAAUUAAUCUUGUAAUAUCGACCUUUGUCCAUCUAGAAGACUAGCUUUCCAUCUUUCUUGGGUGUAGUCAUCACCUGAGACCAUGUACUACAGGGUCCAAGCUCCUUACUUUUUAGAAGAGAGCUCCUCUCUUGCCCCUCUGCAGCUGCCAUCUAUGGCAGGCAAAGUGCACAUUUCUGUUGUAGAACUUAUAUUCACACUCCUAGAGCAUGGCAUGAAAUCAUAGCGUGAGUCUCAGUUUCCUCCAAAGUGGAGACUGAAGGGCAGCCGAAAAGAAAAAGAUAUUUAUAGUUGUCAAGGUAUGCAAGUUUUUAAGAGCAGACAUGAGUGACUUAAGUUGUUCUUGGGUAUGGGAUUUGAACACUAAUAGGAGAAAACAAGUCCCCAGAUGAAGUGGCUCUUUUUUGCAUAUCACUUGGGGUAAAUAAAAAAAUAGAAAUAAAAUAAAAUAAAAUAAAAUAAAAAGGAAGGACAUUUCUUUACCUGACUCCCAACCAUUCUCGACAAUCCCUUUUUUUUUUCCCCUGGAACAUCUAUAUUUUCAGUUGUAUUUUCCAGGUCUACCCCCUACCCAGGAGGUGAUAUAGCUUUCUCUCCUUUUUAACAUCCCCAUAAUUCAAGCAGCCCCAUAACAGACAGGCCCAGACCCAUAAAAUUAUUGUUGCAUAGACCGUAUAUUGAAGCUGGAAAACACAUAAUAGGCGCAGAGGUUGGCAUCGCUCAAAUGCAAACAGCCAAGAGCUCUAACCUUUCUGUUCUUCCUUUUCAACCUUAGGAAACUGAAACCUGCCUUUUGCUACCCUCUUAUUCUUAUUCUUCCUUCAAUUCUCAAUUGAGAUCCCCUUUAAAAUACAACCUACUGUAUACGCUACAUUAAUGUACGCACAGCAAAAUAGCUCGGCGCCAUUUCUCCAGCAAAAUGACUAAAGCUAUCCGCAUAGGCCCCUGAGGCAAAUAAACAAGCAGGCCUAACAAUACAAGAGGUUGCAGAUUUUCUUCUUGUUGUUGCCAUGCCAACCACUCAUUGCUCUGGCUGCCAUUUCCCUGAGCUCCGCAGAGAGAGGCGUGUGCAGAGCAGUUACUUAGCAUUCAAGGGUGGAUCUGCAGGAAAACACACAGGCUUGCUGCAAACCGUCCGGCCUGGCAGCACCGGUGGAUGAGACCAGAAAAUGGGAAUCUUUUCAAGACUUUCCUCAUGAAGGUUAGGCAUCUGGGCUAGAAGGAAUGAGAGAGAUGUAGAUUUUUUCUAAUUAAGGCACUUCUAUAAGAGGAGGUAUCUGCAAGGAUAGUUCAAGUAGUCACAGCUGAAGCUGUAGCAGUCCUGAAAGGUGAACAAGAGAAGGAAGCCCAACACAAGGACCAGCCUGCAGCUCUGCCUCUAGCAGCCGAAGAAACAGCUAAUCUGCCACCUUCGCCACCACCAUCGCCAGCCUCAGAACAAACAGCCACAGUGGAGGAAGAUUUACUUACAGCCUCGAAGAUGGAAUUCCCUGAGCAGGAGAAAUUUCCUUCCUCAUUCGCUGAGCCUUUAGACAAGGGAGAAAUGGAGUUUAAGAUGCCAAGUAAGCCUGGUGAAGACUUUGAACAUGCUGCCUUAGUUCCUGACACAAGUAAAACUCCUCAGGAUAAAAAGGAUCUCCAAGGCAUGGAAGGAGAAAAGUUGCCUCCAGUUCCAUUUGCGCAGACUUUCGGUACCAACCUGGAAGACAGAAAACAGAGCACAGAACCAAGCAUAGUGAUGCCUAGCAUUGGCCUCUCGGCAGAGCCCCCAGCUCCAAAAGAGCCAAAAGACUGGUUCAUUGAAAUGCCCACGGAAUCAAAGAAGGAUGAAUGGGGUUUAGCUGCCCCAAUAUCUCCUGGCCCCUUGACACCCAUGAGGGAAAAAGAUGUGCUAGAGGAUAUCCCAAGAUGGGAAGGGAAGCAGUUUGACUCUCCCAUGCCAAGCCCCUUCCAUGGUGGAAGUUUCACUCUUCCCUUAGACACUAUGAAGAAUGAGAGAGUCUCAGAAGGACCACGACCCUUUGCCCCUGUCUUCUUCCAAUCAGAUGACAAAGUGUCUCUGCAGGACCCCAGUGCUCUAGCUACUUCCAAAGAGAGUUCUAAAGAUGAGGAGCCACUGAAAGAUAAAGCAGACAAAGUGGCAGAUGUUUCCAUCUCAGAAGUUACCACUUUACUGGGAAAUGUUCAUAGUCCAGUUGUGGAAGGCUAUGUUGGGGAGAACAUUUCAGGAGAAGUAAAGGUUACCACAGAUCAAGAGAAAAAGGAGACUUCUGCACCCAGUGUACAGGAACCUACACUCACUGAAACUGAACCACAGACAAAGCUUGAUGAGAAAUCAACUGUUUCUAUCGAAGAAGCUGUGGCAAAAAAAGAGGAAUCCUUUAAACUAAGAGAUGAUAAAACAGGUGUAAUUCAGACUUCCACCGAGCAGUCUUUCUCCAAGGAAGACCAGAAAGGCCAAGAACACACGAUUGAUGAGUUAAAACAAGACUCCUUCCCUAUAAGUCUGGAACAAGCAGUUACAGAUGCAGCCAUGACCUCCAAGACCUUGGGAAAAGUUACAUCUGAGCCAGAGGCAGUAAGUGAAAGGAGAGAAAUCCAGGGACUUUUUGAAGAGAAAACAGCUGACAAAAAUAAGCUUGAAGGCGCUGGAUCUGCGACAAUAGCCGAGGUUGAGAUGCCGUUUUAUGAAGAUAAAUCAGGGAUGUCUAAGUACUUUGAAACAUCUGCAUUGAAAGAAGACAUGACGAGAAGCACUGAGUUGGGCAGUGAUUACUAUGAGCUGAGUGACUCCAGAGGAAGUGCCCAGGAAUCUCUUGAUACUAUAUCUCCUAAGAACCAACAUGAUGAAAAGGAACUUCAGGCAAAAGCAUCCCAGCCUAGUCCUCCAGCACAGGAAGCAGGGUACAGCACUCUUGCUCAGAGUUAUACACCCGAUCAUCCAUCCGAGUUACCUGAAGAACCAAGUUCUCCUCAAGAGAGAAUGUUCACUAUUGACCCCAAAGUUUAUGGAGAGAAAAGGGACCUUCAUAGUAAGAAUAAGGACGAUCUGACACUUAGUCGAAGCUUAGGGCUUGGUGGAAGGUCUGCAAUAGAACAAAGAAGCAUGUCUAUCAACUUGCCUAUGUCUUGCCUUGAUUCCAUUGCCCUUGGGUUUAACUUUGGCCGGGGCCAUGAUCUUUCCCCUCUGGCUUCUGAUAUUCUAACCAACACUAGUGGAAGCAUGGAUGAAGGAGAUGAUUACCUGCCCCCCACCACACCUGCAGUGGAGAAGAUGCCUUGCUUUCCUAUAGAGAGCAAAGAGGAAGAAGAUAAAGCAGAGCAAGCAAAAGUGACUGGAGGGCAAACUAUCCAAGUUGAAACAUCCUCAGAGUCACCCUUUCCAGCCAAAGAAUAUUACAAAAAUGGUACUGUCAUGGCCCCUGACCUGCCCGAGAUGCUAGAUCUGGCAGGAACCAGGUCCAGAUUAGCUUCUGUGAGUGCAGAUGCUGAGGUUGCCAGGAGGAAAUCAGUCCCAUCAGAGGCUAUGCUUGCAGAGAGUAGUACCAGUUUGCCACCUGUCGCUGAUGAAAGCCCAGUCACUGUAAAACCAGAUAGUCAACUUGAAGACAUGGGAUACUGUGUGUUCAACAAGUACACAGUCCCUCUCCCAUCACCAGUUCAAGACAGUGAGAAUUUGUCAGGAGAGAGUGGUUCAUUUUAUGAAGGAACCGAUGACAAAGUCCGUAGAGAUUUGGCCACCGACCUUUCACUAAUUGAAGUAAAACUUGCAGCUGCUGGAAGAGUCAAAGAUGAGUUCACUGCUGAGAAAGAGGCAUCUCCACCCACUUCUGCUGACAAAUCAAGACUGAGUAGGGAGUUUGACCAUGACAGGAAAGCUAAUGACAAGCUGGAUACUGUCCUAGAAAAGAGUGAAGAGCAUAUUGAUUCAAAAGAACAUGCCAAGGAGUCAGAAGAGAUGGGGGGUAAAGUAGAGCUCUUUGGAUUAGGUAUAACUUAUGAUCAAGCCUCCACCAAAGAACUGAUAACAACUAAGGAUACAUCACCUGAGAAAACAGAGAAAGGUCUCAGUUCAGUGCCAGAGGUAGCUGAGGUCGAGCCAACCACAAAAGCUGAUCAAGGUCUAGAUUUUGCUGCAACGAAAGCUGAGCCAAGUCAGUUAGAUAUAAAAGUCAGUGACUUUGGACAGAUGGCUUCUGGGAUGAAUGUAGAUGCUGGGAAAGCCAUAGAGCUUAAGUUUGAGGUUGCUCAGGAGCUGACGCUCUCAUCCGAAGCACCUCAAGAAGCAGAUUCCUUCAUGGGUGUUGAGUCCGGCCACAUCAAGGAAGGUGGCAAAGUCAAUGAAACAGAAGUCAAGGAAAAGGUGACAAAGCCUGAUUUGGUGCAUCAGGAGGCUGUAGACAAAGAAGAGUCCUAUGAGUCUAGCGGUGAGCAUGAAAGCCUCACUAUGGAGUCUCUGAAGCCUGAUGAGGGCAAGAAAGAAACAUCUCCAGAGACAUCACUGAUCCAAGAUGAAGUUGCCCUCAAGCUGUCUGUAGAAAUCCCUUGCCCGCCUCCAGUUUCCGAAGCUGAUUUAUCCACGGAUGAGAAGGGUGAGGUCCAGAUGGAAUUCAUUCAGCUGCCAAAGGAAGAGAGCACAGAGACUCCGGAUAUACCUGCCAUACCUUCUGAUGUCACCCAGCCACAGCCUGAAGCCAUUGUGUCCGAACCAGCAGAGGUCCCAAGUGAGGAAGAAGAGAUAGAAGCUGGGGGAGAGUAUGACAAACUGCUCUUCCGCUCAGAUACCCUCCAGAUCUCCGACCUGCUUGUUUCAGAAAGUAGGGAGGAGUUUGUGGAGACCUGCCCAGGUGAGCUCAAAGGUGUGGUUGAGUCUGUGGUGACCAUUGAGGAUGAUUUUAUCACUGUAGUACAAACCACAACUGAUGAGGGGGAGUCGGGGUCCCACAGUGUGCGCUUCGCAGCUCCAGCUCAGCCGGAGGAAGAAAGGAGACCACGCCCUCACGAUGAAGAGCUUGAAAUAGAGAUGGCAGCAGAAGCCCAGGCAGAACCCAAGGAUGGCUCUCCAGAUGCUCCAGCUACCCCUGAGAAAGAAGAGGUUGCGUUCUCAGAAUAUAAAACAGAAACUUACGACGAUUACAAAGACGAGACCACCAUUGAUGACUCCAUUAUGGACGCCGACAGCCUGUGGGUGGACACUCAAGAUGAUGAUAGAAGCAUCUUGACAGAGCAGUUAGAAACUAUUCCUAAAGAGGAGAGAGCUGAGAAGGAUGCUCGGAGACCGUCUCUCGAGAAACAUAGAAAAGAAAAGCCUUUUAAAACCGGGAGAGGCAGAAUUUCCACUCCUGAAAGAAAAGUAGCUAAAAAGGAACCUAGCACGGUCUCCAGGGAUGAAGUGAGAAGGAAAAAAGCAGUUUAUAAGAAGGCUGAACUUGCUAAAAAAUCAGAAGUUCAGGCCCACUCUCCUUCCAGGAAACUCAUUUUAAAACCUGCUAUCAAAUACACUAGACCAACUCAUCUCUCCUGUGUUAAGCGGAAAACCACAGCAGCAAGUGGUGACUUGGCUCAGGCUCCUGGUGCUUUUAAACAGGCGAAGGAUAAAGUCACUGAUGGAAUAAGCAAGAGCCCAGAGAAACGUUCUUCCCUCCCAAGACCUUCCUCCAUCCUCCCUCCUCGCAGGGGUGUAUCAGGAGACAGGGAGGAGAACUCUUUCUCUCUGAAUAGCUCCAUCUCUUCAGCACGACGGACCACCAGGUCAGAACCAAUUCGCAGAGCAGGAAAAAGUGGCACCUCCACACCUACUACCCCUGGAUCAACUGCAAUCACCCCUGGAACUCCCCCAAGCUACUCUUCACGUACCCCAGGCACCCCGGGAACCCCGAGCUACCCCAGGACACCAGGAACCCCCAAAUCUGGCAUCCUGGUGCCCAGUGAGAAGAAAGUUGCCAUCAUCCGCACUCCUCCAAAGUCCCCAGCUACUCCUAAGCAGCUUCGGCUUAUUAACCAACCACUGCCGGACCUGAAGAAUGUCAAGUCCAAAAUCGGAUCAACUGACAACAUCAAAUACCAGCCUAAGGGGGGUCAGGUUAGGAUUUUAAACAAGAAGAUCGAUUUUAGCAAAGUUCAGUCAAGAUGUGGUUCCAAGGAUAACAUCAAACAUUCUGCUGGGGGCGGAAAUGUACAAAUUGUUACUAAGAAGAUAGACUUAAGCCAUGUGACAUCCAAAUGUGGCUCUCUAAAGAACAUCCGUCACAGGCCAGGUGGUGGACGUGUGAAAAUUGAGAGUGUAAAACUGGAUUUCAAGGAAAAGGCCCAAGCUAAAGUUGGCUCACUUGACAAUGCUCACCACGUACCUGGAGGUGGUAAUGUGAAGAUUGACAGCCAAAAGUUGAACUUCAGAGAGCAUGCAAAGGCCCGGGUAGAUCACGGGGCUGAGAUCAUCACACAGUCCCCAAGCAGGUCCAGCGUGGCAUCACCCCGACGACUCAGCAACGUCUCAUCUUCUGGAAGCAUCAACCUGCUCGAAUCCCCUCAGCUUGCCACUUUGGCUGAGGAUGUCACUGCGGCGCUUGCUAAGCAGGGCUUGUGAAUACUUCUCCUUUAGCACUGGAGUAACAUUUAGGCAUGAGCUCUUGGCAGGAGUGGGCUCUGAGCAGGUGUCAUAUUCAUUCUUUACAAACCAUAGAGAAAUAAUUUCAUCCCCCAACUGUAGUAAUUGUUACAAUUUUAUAUAAAAAAUUAAUAGUAUAUGCAGAAAAUGACCUGAAUUCCAUCCGCAACAAGGACACAUGGCUUUACAUGGAUACAAUCGGACAAUUAUUUUCGCUCUGCUCUGUUUUGCAUGGAGUAUUAUUAUUAUUUUUUAAAUUGCAUUUUUACCUUUCAUGUGCCUGAAGGCUAUCCAAUACAUUCUGAAAGGCCUUGUUAAAAAUCCAAGCUGCUCAUUUCCCUAUUCUGUUUAUGGUUGAAAAGAUUAAAACCUACCCAUUGUUACUUACUACAGGUUCGAUGAAAUCAAGGAGUCUGAUUGCAGGAAGGAAAGAGCAUGUAAGAAACACAUUUUUUAAAGUGUUAUUUUGUAUAAAUGGGAAGAAAGACGCAAUUAAGUUAUUGACACUUGGGACCUGGACGAGUAUAUCAGAGUAUGCCAUUCCAAUAAAUUAUUGAACUACAAGCUAGAUUUAAGGCAUUUGAGCGUUGGUUGAAGAAGUGGUGUCAAAGUGCAUCUCUUAGGAUUGAUGCACUUUUGUUAGGAUGGGCUUGUGUCUGAUUAGAAUGUCAGUCGAUUGGCUAGAUUUAUAUCCACACAAUCAGUUUCACACCCCCAUUCCAUCUGUUUGAUACAGUAUUAUAGAUAUAAAUAUAUAUAUAUAUUUCUCUGUGGCCAUUUGUGAUACUUCCUCAUAUACUUGAAUAUGAUACUUCUUUAUUCACAGUAUCUGUGUCUCCUGCACCCUUUGGUGUUGCAAUUUUAGGUAUGUGAAAGUAGAUGUUAGCAGGGUUCUCUCCCUAUUUAAAAAUAAAUUUUAAAAAGACAAAGAGUUUUAGCAUGAAGUUGCUUUCUGUAACAACUCAAAGCUGUAACCCUGUCUUAGUGCCAGAAUCAAGUCUUUCCUGUGAUGCUAGAACAUUUUACUUUUCUUUGCUUCCACCAACAUGGAGUUUGUGGAGUGGGUCCAGUUAUGCAUAAAGGGGUUUACAGAUGUUGGUUCAAGGAUUAUGGAUUUAUCUCAUGUAUAAUCACUAAAUAGGUCGGGUUUUAUCCCUCUAAUUAUCCAUGACACCAAUCUCUUACUAUUCAUUACUCUUUCUUCUAUUUCCUUUUUCCAUUUGCUAAAGUUGAAAGUAGGAAAAAAUAAUUUUGAAUAGCUUUUCUUGUUCUCCAAACAGUAUCUGUUCAUUAAAUUCUGUGAUAGAAUAUAUUUGGCUUCCUUCCCCCAAAGACCUCUUGAUCAAAGAUGAAAAAUACAACAUAUAAAGAAGCUAUAUAUGUAAUACUUUUGAGACACAGAUAUCUAAAUCCAUCUCUCCAGGAUUCUUCAUGAACAUGGAACAUGGUAUUACUUAUUCAUGAGUAAAUGCUAUUUUUUUCUUGCUUUAUAUACAAUCUAGACAUCACAACUCAAUUACUAUCAUUUACAAAUCAUACUUAAUGAAUAAGUAAUAGUCGAUGGCCCAAAAUAAGGCAGAGCAUUAUCAAACCGAGUGGACUUUUUUUCUUAAUAUUUAAUUUGUUCUUUUGCUUGCUCGGGAUUGGUGGGUGGAAUAUGCAGAGAUAAAUGUGAAAAAGCUGUCUGGGUGUUUUAUGUCUCUGAAAUAAACCAAGCCCUGUAUACAAAGGAGAAGGUGAACAUGAACAGGAUAGGAAGAUGUAGGAGUGUCUAAGACAGAAGGCAAGAGGAUGCAAAAGUGGAGAGAAACAGGUGGCAGUUUAGUGACCCAUUGAGUAUUAUGACCAAUGUGACAGUCACAUAGAAAGCUUAGCAUCAAACAGAGACAGUCUUAUUGGCUAGUAGGCACACACACACUACAGUCGUCUUUGUAAAUUGGUUAUUUUUUAUAUAACUUUAAAACUACUGAAUAGUGGUUUUCACUCUGGACAACCCAUUCCUUACCUUCUCUUGAAAUGCACAGAAAAUGGAAGAAGGAAUGACUGUGUGUGGAGAAGUACAGUCUUUUCUUACAUGUUUUGAUAGACAAGGAUCAAAGUUGUCUAGGAAAAAAAGGUACCAGAUGAUCCAUGUGGUUUUAAACUAUGCAGAAAAUAAUUUCAACCCAGUUUAUUAUAAAAAUUAAGCCUAAGUAAACAUUUUCUUUGUGUUAAAAUUCAGUUUCUUAUGAUGCGUGUUCAAAAAAAUUAUGUAAACCCCAAUGUUAAUAGAUCUAGCACUAAAAUAAUCAUUUUUUCUAAUGUCAAAACAAUUAUAAUGGAUAUAAGUCCUUGUUCUAUGUGAAAUGUGUUUCUCUAUAAAGUUAUCACAAGAAGGAAUUUUUAUAGGAGACAGACAGAGAAAUGCACAGGCUAAAAUCAUUUCCUUAUGGGAAUGUGGGAUGGAGCUCACCUUACCUACUCUCUUAAGAUAAUGACUCAAAUUAAGCUUUUUGGACACCACUUUUGUGGGGAUACACAUACGCUGAUCUAGAAAUGAAAGGUGCACUACUGCAUUUCUAGAUCCACUAAUGCCAGUUUCUCUCUGGCUUUAGCCUUUGAGAACCUGUUUAAGAAUACGUAAGUAUCCAGAGCUCGGAAGAGUUCCAAGGCCCACUUUUUCAAUAAACUCACACACUCUGGGUCUCCUGCAACUGACAAUUGGGUACCUUGCAACAAUGCAGGAAGGAUCCGAGUCUAUGAUGAGUUUCAAAGGCCAAGUUCCUUUAGGAACUGACUCUCUCUGGAUCUGCCUGCUGCGUUCCAGCAGGAUGACGGGCUGAAAUCCCACCCAUAGGAAAGACCCCUGUGCAAUUCCAGCUCAGUUUGGCUGAAGGUAGCUGAAGAAGAGAGCCAGUAAAGGGAAGAAUAGACUGUAGUUGCCCUUCUCCACACACACUCACACAGAUGUGGGGUAGAAGAGAGAUAUAAUGCCAAAUGUAGCAUUAUGUCAGUGGUAGUAAAGAAAUGAUAUAAAAGCAAAUAAUUCUGACUUAGCCUCAUUUAUAGCUUUCCUCUCAUAUUUCAUGCCACAUGGGGGAAAAAAGGAAAUGAUUGUGGUAGAAGUAGCAAAGUAAAAGUAGAUUAAUCAUUUGGAAAAGGCAAAUUUCAGGCAUUUCUCCAAGAUUGAUGUGCUAAAAUUAAUACUUAUGUUUGUGUUUUUACACCUAGAAGUUUUAGCCUGGACAUGUAGAUUGAGGCCAAGUCCCUCUGUAGGAAAAGGUUUUUUUUUUUUUUCAAAACCCCUAAAAAAAAUGCCAAUCAUGAAAGUCCACUUCAACUUUAGCAAAAAGGGGGGAAAAUUCAACAAAAAGUAUACUCUGUAUGCUGGGAUCCCAAGGUUUCAACACACCAUCUGUGGGGGGUUCUUUCUUCUGAUAAUUCUAGAGCCUGUUACCAUAGAAAGGUAUUUCUUCAAUGGCUGGUUGUAGUUAGUUCAUGUUUUUCAAUCAAUUUGCAAAUGUAUUUGUUGCUGUAUAGUGAUUGUUUUGCAAAAUAAAAUUGCUUGUCACCUAA